UCUGGAGUUGACAAGAAGCGUUGAACCCGGAGUUGGGCUCCGGGUGUCGGUGCAGAAGCUGUGCGGCAGUCGGGAGGGGAACAGGUCGCCGGAAGGAACCCCUGCUGAGGCCGAGGCUGUGUUCACCGCUCCUGGAGAGACUUUCUAGCAUGGCAGCGUACAGCAGCUAGAGCUUCAGUGCUGACGGUGUGGAACGAGGGAGGAUCAGGAGGAGGCGUAAGGAGACGGAAGAUUCGAAGUUUUCCAGGAGCGUGGACUCUGGUACGAUCAGAGUAGAUGGGCGAGACGGAGGAUGAGCGAACGGCUCAGGCCAGUCAGCUCUUUGAGAACUUUUUCCAGACGUCCACCUGCAAAGGAACCCUGCAGGCCUUCAGCAUCCUCUGCAGGCAGCUCGGCCUGGAUCCUUUGGACCACGGCAACUUCUACAGCUCCCUGAAGGCGGCGGUCAGCUCCUGGAAAGUCAAAGCCCUGUGGACGAAGUUGGACAAACGGGCACAGCAGAAAGUGUACAACCAGAAUAAAGCCUGCCAAGGAACAAGGUGUCUGAUCAUCGGCGGGGGCCCCUGCGGUCUGCGGACGGCCAUCGAGUUGGCCCUGCUCGGCUGCAAAGUGGUGGUGAUCGAGAAGAGGGACACCUUCUCCAGGAACAACGUGCUCCACCUCUGGCCCUACACCAUUCAUGACCUCAGGGCGCUCGGGGCCAAGAAGUUCUACGGAAAGUUCUGUGCCGGCGCCAUCGACCACAUCAGUAUCCGCCAGCUGCAGCUGAUGCUGCUGAAAGUGUGUCUGAUCCUGGGAGUGGAGUUUCACGUCAAUGUGGAGUUUGUUAAACUCCUGGAGCCCCCAGAGCAGCAAACUGAAGAUGGUCCUGGGUGGCGAGCAGAACUCCGGCCCUCCAAUCAUCCGGUCUCUGAUUACGACUUUGACGUGGUGAUUGGUGCAGACGGCCGCAGAAGCACAUUAGAUGGUUUCAGUCGCAAGGAGUUCAGAGGAAAGUUGGCCAUUGCUAUAACGGCCAACUUCGUCAACAGGAACACCACGGCAGAGGCCAAAGUAGAGGAAAUCAGCGGCGUUGCCUUCAUCUUUAACCAGAAGUUCUUCCUGGAACUUAAAGAGGAAACGGGAAUUGACCUGGAAAACAUUGUUUACUACAAGGACAACACCCACUACUUUGUGAUGACUGCAAAGAAGCAGAGCCUGCUGGACAAAGGGGUCAUCAUAAAUGACUACAUAGAAACAGAGCGACUGCUGAAUUCUGAAAACGUCAACCAGGAAGCGUUGCUGUCCUACGCUCGCGAGGCUGCUGACUUUGGCACCAACUACCAGCUGCCGUCGCUGGACUACGCCAUCAACCACUACGGGCAGCCAGAUGUGGCCAUGUUUGACUUUACCUGCAUGUACGCCUCAGAGAACGCCGCCCUGAUACGGGAGAAACACGGACAUCAGUUAGUGGUCACGCUGGUGGGAGAUAGUCUUCUCGAGCCUUUCUGGCCGAUGGGUACGGGUUGCGCUCGGGGCUUCUUGGCUGCCUUCGACACUGCUUGGAUGGUGAGGGGCUGGGCACAGGGCAAAAAUGCCCUGGAGAUACUGGCAGAGAGGGAGAGUAUUUACCGUCUACUGCCUCAGACCACACCAGAAAACAUCAGUAAAAACUUUGAACAGUACACCAUCGAUCCUGCUACCCGCUACCCAAACCUGAACUCCAGUUGUGUACGCCCACAUCAGGUGCGUCACUUAUUCAUUGAUGGUCAUUCAGGUCCAGUUGAAAAAGGAGGACUAUCACAAAGACCUGUCAACCUGUCCAGAAAAGAGUCCGAGGUUCGGCCCGGCCGGCUCCUGACCUGGUGUCAGAAUCAAACCCAGGGCUACAGGGGAGUGGACGUCACCAACCUCACGUCGUCCUGGAGGAGCGGCCUGGCCCUGUGUGCCCUCAUUCACCGCCACAGGCCUGAGCUCAUUGACUUUGACUCCCUGAACGAGGAGGACGUGGCGGGGAACAACCAGCUGGCGUUUGACGUGGCGGAGCGGGAGUUCAGCAUCCAGCCAGUGACUACAGGGAAGGAGAUGGCCGCUAGAGCCGAACCAGACAAGCUGCUGAUGGUCCUCUACCUCUCCAGGUUCUUUGAGGCCUUCAGGAAGUCGUCGCUGAACAAACACGUUUCUAAGGAGCCAGUCGAAAAUGGUAAAGAAUAUCCUCCUAAAACCAACCACAGACUGCAGAACCUGACCCAGCCCAGGAAGAGGAUACCAGGGGAUGAGAAGAAAGCGGAGGAUGAUUCGGUCAACAAGAGGCGACGGAAAGGAAGCAGCUACCUCGCGGAGUUGUCCUGCCACAGUGCGCCACCUGCUGUUGAAGACGGAGAACUGCGGGAGAACAAGGUCCGCUCCAUGGCAACUCAGCUGCUCGCCAAAUUUGAGGAGAACUCCACAACGGUGCACGCCAAGUCUGGUGAACCCUCUAGUCCUUCUUUCUCUCCUCCUCUGUCUCGUUCCACCACCCCUACAUCUUCAGAUGAAGAGGAGGAGGAGGAGGAGGAAGAAAACCCUCGCUUUGCUAAACCCAAAGCUAUCCCCCCUCUUUCUCCUCUUCCUCCAUCCCGUUCCAAAUGGCAGCCUUCAGUCUACCUUCGGUUGCUGGAGAAUCCCGGUUCUGUUUCCCAGCAGACCAGUUUCCUCUCUUCUAAUGAUUCAUGUAUUAAUCAGAGCAGCCAUAGUUGUUAUCCAUCCUCCCCACACUCUCUGAGCCCUGUAAAUGCUCCUGGCUCUGAACUUUAUCACACAGAAAGCACCCAUCCUGACUCCCCAACACGUCUUUACUCUGGGUCUGAUCUGUCCGCCCCGGAAGCUGAGCCGUCGUCUGAUGCGUGUCUGCAAAAGAGUAAAAACCAGCGGUUGUCAACUAGAGAAUUUUCACGCAGGAGUAUAAAGGAGCGAGCUGCCCUCCUGUCCACCAUGUUUCAUGGGUCCAACAAAUCACCUGCUCCUCUGUCUCUUUCACAGGUGGAAUCCUCUACCUCAUCCUUUCUUUCCACACCCUCUCCUCCUCCUCCUCCUCCUCCUCAUCCUCCUCUGUCUCCGUCUGAAAGCUCUGCCACGUUCCCUGUGGUCCAUCCUGUUCCUGAGCCCACCGCUCAGACCUGUUUCUCAGCUAUUCCACCAAACACCUCUGAACCCAAAGAGCCAUUCUCUUCUCUGUCCUCCUCUGAAUCUGAAAAUAACGAGCAAAGCUCCCCUUCUCAUCCUGAUUGCGUCACAUCCAGCAACAAAAAAUGUUCUCCCCCUUCUUCACCUUGCGUUGAUCGGAGUCAGAGGGUCGUCGUCACUAAUCUGGAGAGGAUAAAUAAACAUUCCUGGAAUAAUAAUGAGGACAAUGAGCAACAGAGAGCUCAUGAAACUGGUUUGAAAGUAGCUGAGAAGGAUGCCACCAAGUGCUCUGCAACCUGUGAUGGUGAGCGCACCAGAAGAAACGCUCUUAAAUCAGUUGUUCGCUCUGAAAGCUGUCCCUCUGGAGCCCCUAGUUACAGUAAAGAGCGAGUAGUUGGAAAAGUGUCAUCAGCGAUAGAUGCUAAAGCUCAGAAACUGGCCGUUCUGUAUGAGACAGACCACAGGCCCAAUGCCCCACCGUGUGUGGUGCGUAAGGAUUUCCCUCCUGGACUCGGUGGCAGCGACAUCUGCCACUUCUGCUCCAAGCGGGUGUACGUGAUGGAGAGGCUCAGCGCCGACGGCUACUUCUUCCAUCGCGAGUGCUUCCGCUGUGACGUCUGUAACUGCACCCUCCGCCUGGGUGGACACACGUUUGACUCACAAGAGGGAAAGUUCUAUUGCAAGAUGCACUAUCCCCAACGGCAAAACAGCACCAACUGGGGCAGGUUGAGAAGGACAACGGAAGACCUUAGCCUCCUUAAACCUUCAUCUCUGGACAGCAGGAUCUGUUCAACCACGGGCAGCGUCCAACCCCCAGGUGAGGUAUCAAGCAUGCAGUCAGAGCAACUGAAAAAUGGUCAACGAUUUCCUGAGGAUGCAGAAAUGGCUGUUGACGCUCUGGAUGCUUCCUGUUUAGUCAGGCCUACAAAAGAAGGAGACGCCGUAGCCAGAGGCCAAAUGCAGGACGGCGCCAAAGGUCACUCGAACACAAAACAUAAUAAUCGAUGGAGGCGGAAGAUUCGAGCAACCUUCCCUCUGAUGUUCAUCAAGCACUCCCGCUCGAGACCAGCGACUGUUCCUGAAGUCGAUUCUGACUUUGAGGAAGUCACUUCAACUGAAACGCAAAUUGUGGCAAAAAAAGCAGAUGCACAUAAUCUUUCUGAGGAGAGUAAGAGGAGCGAUAAGCCAUCAGCUGCGGUGAAGCCCGUCUCCAGCACAUCUGCCCCAAAGAAGCGGUUACUGGUGUCCCAGGAUGAAAAACACCGGCUCCUGAAUUGGGAAGAGUGCCUGAGUCCAGAAGAAAGUCCCAUUAACAGCAGUACAACAAACACCCCUAAACAUAAAAACAAGGUACAAGCAGACGCAGAUAAGCCGCAGACAAACUCGAGCCAGAUCGGAACGGCAGGCCAGGGCCAAACGUCUGCAUCUUCUUCCUCAGCUAUCCAGGUCAUAGCUAAUGCCUUCAGGAGAACCUUUAGUGGGAGCAGUCAGCCCAGCAGCUCCAGGAGUGCAGUUCUAAUGAGGGCCAAACGUGACUUCUCACGUAAGCGGAGGCCCAUGUCUGAAGGAGCGUUUAGCUUCGGCUCACUUUUCAGCCCCGUAGAGCCGACGACGCCGGAGAGGAGGACAAGCCUGCACGCUGUCCAGUGGGCGUCUGUGGGGACAGAUCCGUGGGGGGAGGGGCAAGACCUACCUUCCUUGCUGCAGCAGGUGUCCCUAAAGAGCCGGAAAGACUCUGCAGAGGUGUCGGACGAGCUGUCUUCGCCGUCCUGUAAAAGGGUCGAUUUAUUUUCGUCCCUCAGGCUCAGGAAGCGGGGCCUGUCGGAGAGCGAAGGGAAGGAGCAGGAAGCUCAAAAGGAAAUUAGGACGUUUCUGUCCAACCUGAGAAACAAAGCCUCGAGUCAGCAGAGUUUGGAAGACCUGUCGUCAAGCGACGAUGAAAGUGAAAAGCUGACAUCCAACAAGCUAUCCUCAGAGAGACUAAGGAAAAAGCAGGAAAAGACUGCGGCCCAGCAGGCUAAACGAGAACAGCUGAAGAGGCUUCAUCGAGCUCAGGUAAUCCAGAGACAACUGGAAGAGGUAGAAGAGAAACAGCGGGAUCUAGAGGAAAGAGGUGUGACAAUAGAGAAGAUCAUCAGAGGAGAAGACUCUCCUCAGACAGAGGACCGUGACGAAGCCCAGCUCUAUCAGGCCUGGUUUCAGCUGGUUCUGGAGAAGAACCGAUUGGCACGCUACGAGUCGGAACUCAUGAUCUUUGCCCAGGAGCUUGCAUUGGAAGACACACAAAGCCGGCUGCAGCAAGAUCUAAGACGCCGAAUGGCGAUUGAAGACACAGAUAAGAGCGCCUCCGAGCUGCAGGAGGAGAAGGUGAUCCUGGCUGAGCUCAUGAGGACGGUGGAGAAGCGGGAUAUGCUAGUCUCCAUACUGGACGAGCAGAGGUUGAAGGAGAGGGCUGAGGACAAGGACCUGGAAAGCCUGGUGUUGUCCAGAGGCUACGAGUUUCACUGGGCUGAAGGGAGCAACAUCUGGGGGGCAGGAGAAGCUUGACUGAGGACUGGUCGUCGACGAUGUUGAAUAAGCCGUGUGAAUUUGUAAUUUGCAUCUAGCCUAUUGUAGCGUAGACGUCUUUGACAGCUGAAGCCGUUAUUCGCCCUGUCUUAACUUAAUUGCAUUUGGCUCUGUGUUGGUAUGCUUAAUGUAGAAACCAACAAGAAAUAAAAUGGAACUUCAGCCAAAAAAAAAACAAACAAAAAAAACUUUUUUGCCAAUGAGAUUGUUUAACAUUUAUGAUCGGAGGCUAGAUGUACAAUAAACUCAAUGACUUAAACCUGACUGCUUCAGCCGGCUUCCGGACUUAAGACUGGUCUCGCUGUACCAGACAGACUGUAAUUGUAUAACUUCACUGGAGAACACAACAAAACUUGACACUUUCUUGAGGUUUUUAUACUUCAUUAUUUUUUUUUGCACAGUGUAACUAGUUUUGAUGCUAUAAAAUUCCUCAUGUGAAAAUCACUUUUGGUCACUUUAUGGGUGGAACCGUGCAUCUGACUGUAAUUUCUCGCGCAGACUUGAUCCCGUUUUAACUUUCUGCCCGAACACUGUAAAAAGAAAACUGAAUAGUAUUUGCACCCUGACAACGCCACAAGAGGAUAGAUUCCUCCGUCAGCCUCUAAGAUUAAGUCUCAGGGUAUGAAACUGAUUUGUCAUCCUACAAAUCAGAACCCGCUAACCAACUCUGCAGUAGAAACCCAUGUGCACUCAAUUAAGAUAUUCAGUUUCCUCUCUCCUGUCCACAGUGAAUUUGUCAUUUUAGUUCUACUGCCACAUUGGUUUAGUUUGUAAAUGGCUUUAUUGUACAGCUCAAGAGCUUCAGGUCUAUAUAUCAAGAUGAGUGAUGUUUACAUGCGUUUGCCCUGGGACAAGAACUAGUCGGGAAUCAUUUCCCCCUUUUUUUGGACAAUAAGUGUUCUUUAUGUGCUGUGAACUAAAUAUCAUUUAUUUUACCAUAUGUCACGACGGAUUAAAUAAAGUUGUUCUACAUGAGGUGUCAGGUGGAACUUGAUCAAUUCA